AUGGCUUCUCAUGGCCGGAGGAAUCGUAAAGGCUCUGUCUUUCCAGUCACCAUUCCAAGCUUCUUCGUGAUAGUCUUGGCUCAAGCACUUGAAGAUGGAAAACUUGAAAUUCCAAGAACUGUUGUGAGGCAAUGUGGAGAUCGUCUGGCACAGAUAAUACUUAUCCAGGUUUCUGAAGGAGCAGGCUGGGGAAUCGAGUUGACAAAGAGUAACAGAAAGAUUUGGCUGCAAAAGGGUUGGCCUGGAUUCGCGAAGCAUUACUCACUGGAGCAUGGUAGCUUACUCCUCUUCAGCUCCCAAGGGGAUUACUUGCAUUUCGGGGUACAGAUUUUCAAGAGGAACACUUUGGAGAUAAACUAUCCACCUUUGGAGAUGAAUUAUCCACCGAAUUCAAGUAGCACUGUGGAGAUGAAUCCUGCAUCCGGUUCAAGCCAUGAUGAUAGUGCUGAUGCUUUUGCUGACAAUGAUGACAAUGAUGCUGAUGAUGAGGAUGACGACAAUGAUGAUGCUGAUGAUGGUGGUGCUAAUGAUGGGGAUGCAGGAUCUAAUGAAGAUGUUACUAUGUCAGACUAA